AACUAAAAAACCAAAGAAGGCAUCUGCUCCUCCAACCAAGGAAGAGAAGUCCAAAUUAACCAUUUUUGAAGAAGUAAAUCCAGAUGAAGGACUCUUUGGCCCAGAAGAAGACUUCUCAUCAAUUGGUCCCAGGAAGAAGAUGAAAGAGAAUCUGAAAUUAUUUGAAGAUCCAGACCUUGGUGGGGCAGUAAGACUGGGUGACUCACUGCUGCUGCCAACGGCAUGUGAGAACAGGGAGUAUGUACUGAACAUGGGUCCUGAAGAGGACACUGAAGAACUGCUGAGAGUUGAAGAUGAUUUAGAGAAACUCUUGAAAAUAUCCUCCAAACCGAAACCUAAGGUACCAUCAAAACCACCAGUGCCUCAGAAGCCAGCAGUUGCCCCCAGGAACACUAAUUCAUCUCCACUGGCAAAGCCAAAGGAAAACAAGAUUCAGACAAUGAAUGAAGUGGACAUUCUCCAGUAUAUUCAGGAAAAUGAAUCUGUCAACAACCAAGAUGCAAGUCUUUUCUGA